AUGCGUUUCAUGCCAUCAGCGCGACACACACUCUGUGACGAGAAAGGGAAUCUUUCAAAAAAAUUUCCACACCUCGACAAUCAGAUACAGCAAUGGAUAUUCCACGAUUUAUGCGCUGUCAACAGCGCCGGGGCGGGCUGCCAUUGCAGUAAUUCGGCUAUCUGGACCGGCGUGUCUGCAUACCCCAAACCCCGGACUGCGGCUUUGCGAGCAUUGUACGAUCCGUCGCAGGAGACGUCUCAAAACACAGUUCUGGAUGCAGGAGCGCUGGUGCUGUAUUUUCCGAGUCCUCGGACAGCAACUGGCGAAGAUAUACUCGAAUUGCAUGUGCACGGCGGACCAGCGAUUAUCAAAGCGGUGCUUGCAGCGAUUGAUAAAUGCAACAAUAACGACCGCGGAUCAAUCCGAUACGCAGAACCCGGAGAAUUCACGCGCCGCGCUUUUAUGAACGACCGUCUGGAUCUACCGCAGAUCGAAGCAUUAGGCGACACACUGCACGCAGAUACAGAACAACAGAGACGGCUGGCGGUACGAGGCGCGAAUAACGCGUUAUCCCAACGUUAUGAACUCUGGCGCAACGAGCUGCUCUAUGCGCGCGGGGAGCUAGAGGCGUUGAUCGAUUUUUCGGAAGACCAGCAUUUCGACGAGUCGCCCGCGCAGCUUGUUGACUCUGUUGCGGCUCAGGUGCGAGUGCUCCGGCGACAGAUCCGGUUUCAUAUUGAGAAUGCGUCCAAGGGGGAAAUGCUGCGCAGUGGAAUCAAAGUCGCGUUGCUUGGAGCGCCGAAUGCGGGCAAAAGCUCGCUGCUUAAUCGAAUCGUUGGCCGAGAGGCGGCAAUUGUGAGCACAGAGGAAGGGACGACGCGAGAUAUUGUGGACGUCGGGAUUGAUCUGGGGGGUUGGUACUGUAAGCUCGGAGACAUGGCCGGUUUACGGUCAUCCAAGAGUGGUGGUGGUGGUGUUGGCAGUGGUGGCAUUAUCGGUAUUGUUGAGCAGGAGGGCAUCCGGCGCGCAAAAGCACGCGCUCUCGAGUCGGAUGUUGUCGUUGUGGUGCUGUCGGUUGGCUCAUCGUCAUCGUCGCCGACGAUGCUAGCUGUUGACCCGGAGCUGUUGGAGGCGGUUCAAGCUUGUCAAAAACAGGGCAAGCGGCUCAUGGUUGCUAUUAAUAAAUCAGACAAACUACCAGCGCACAGCCGGGAGGAAGUUGUUGGCAGGCUGAUCGAUCAUGUCAGAACUUUGUUCGCGGGAAUACCGGCCCACCGGGUUUUCUCCAUCUCGUGCAAGGAGUCCGAAGACGAGUCCGGGCUGGUUGUGGCAGAUCCUGGGCAUAUACAAGCAUUCCUGCGCGGACUAAUCACUACGUUCAAGGAGCUUACAACAGCAGAAGGACUGGGAGAAAGCAAAGAGGCAAAUGAUAUUUCAUACUGGGAAGACUCGCUGGGAGUAACGCAUCGACAACGCUCUAAUUUACAAACAUGCUUGCAACAUCUGGAAGACUUUCUAUAUGAUACCAAUACCGACACCGCUCUAUUUGCCGAAACCCACGCUGAUGCUCUUGAUGAAAUCCAAACCGAAAGGCAAAAAACACUAUCGAAAACGCCGUCUGAUGAUGAUGCUGAUAAGGACAAUUUCGUUCAUAAAAAGUACACAGGUAAUAAUACAGUCGUCAAUAUGGAAACAGAGGUAGACAUCGUGACAGCCGCAGAGCAUCUGCGGUCUGCAGCAGAAAGUCUAGCGAAGAUCACCGGGCGAGGAGAAGGCGGAGAUGUCGAGGAUGUUCUAGGAGUGGUGUUUGAGAAGUUUUGUGUUGGCAAGUGA